CCUCAUCCCUGUCCUGAUGGCACUUUCACUUCUCGGGAUGUGACUGGCCUACAAGAGGAAAGAGAGUGUCUGCCUUGCCCUCGUGGUCACUACUGCAGGAGAGGCCGGAUGGAAGGGAAAUGCGCUGCGGGCUACUUCUGCCAAGAAGGGAGUUCUGAUGCCACCCCGCAGGGCCGUAACUUCACCUGGUUCCCUCUGGCUGAGUGCUUCUGGGGUCAGGAGUGUGCAGGGAUUUGCCCGGCAGGAUUCUAUUGUCUGGAGGGCGCAGGGGCACCCAUUGCUUGCCCAGAUGACACCAUCGGUUCCCUCCCAGGAGCUGGGCAAAGAGAAGACUGCCUGCCCUGCCCACCAGGCCGGUGGUGUAAAACAGAAGAUCCGGUGGCCUACCCGUGUCCUUAUGGACACCACUGCUACGGCGCGAAUUACACCCACCCUGGCGGACCCCGGGCUCUCCCUCUGUGCCCCAAGCAAGCUUUCCGAACUGAAGGCAGCCCCGAGCCCCACCAGUCUGACUGCCAGCCCUGCCCACCGGGUUACCUGUGCCCUGAGACAGAUUCGGUUGCUGCUAGAGACUACCCUUGCGCUCCGGGGUACUGGUGCCCAGGAAGCAGAGGUGCUUUCCUUUGCCCACCUGGCACCUUUAGGGUUCAGCCUGGCGCCACGUCUUUAGAGGAGUGCACCCUCUGUCCAUCUGGAUUUUACUGUCCCGAUCCAGUGGUGUCCGGCAUGCCAAACAUCCAUGGAAUACCUUGUGAACCAGGCUAUCAGUGCCCUCCAGGUUCGGUCAACCCUUUGCCGUGCCAGUCUGGCUCUUACUGUGGAUCCAAUACGGGGGUUCCUCCGCUGUGUCCUGGAGGGUAUUACUGUCCUGAGGGGUCAUCCACAUACAACACGCCAGGCCAGCUGUGCGCCUACCCCUUCUACUGCCCCCUUGGCAGUGCUCAUCCGCUUCUGUGCCCAGGAGGAUAUACCGCCUUGAACACAACAGGUCUCCGGGACUCUCUUGAGAAGACCUGCAAAGCCUGUGAGGUGGGCACCUUUGGCGUCGGUGCCGACAACAGCCCUUCCUGUUCACCCUGCCCACCAGGAUUCAGCUGCCCAAGAGGCAGUGCAAGCUACCUGCAGCAGCCCUGCCCCAGAGGUUACUACUGCCCCGCCAUGGCACCUGCUCCAGUUCCUUGUCCCCCAGGCACAUUUGGGAACACCAGCUUAGCCAAGCGUCUGGAAGAAUGCCACCCCUGCCCUGCCGGCUCCUUCAACCAUCUCCCUGCUCAGACUGGAUGUUUUCCUUGCGGGAGCUCCUCAACAUCCCAAGCAGGUGAAACCCAUUGUACCUGCCUCGGACUGAAUCGGGCCUUCCAAGAAUCUGACGGCUCUUGCAUUUGCCAAGUAGGGUACCUUUACUAUGAUGAAAGAGGGAAGGAAGCAUCAGAUAGCAACAGUGACCAAGACUGCCAACCCCAGGUGGAGGAGCGCUGUGCUCCUGGAGAGAUCCGCUUGGCAUCAACCCGCAAAUGUGUGUUCCCCGAACAGUACGACUGUUCUCCAGUUUGUGAUCCAGUGGGCGGGGAACUCCAUGCAGAGCUUGGCAUGUGCCGCUGUGAGCAGUAUGUCUCCGCAGAGGAGCUCUGCGACCGGCUGUGCUUGCUCAGAACCCCGGAAGUUUCCCUGAAAUUUGGUGUGGAUAGGGAACUGCUCUUGAGCAUUGCAGGGGCCGAGGAAAGAGAGAUAUCAAAUACUCUGGGACCGGAUGAACACGUGCAGAAAAGCCAGCAGGUCCAUCUGUCUCUCUUUGGCCCCAAUGGAGUCUUUGGCUUCCUACUCUCCAGCCUUGAUGUGCUGGAAACUUUUCUGAAAGGAGAUGUGGGGCUGCUUCCCCCAGGACAAAGACAUCGACGGGAUGAAGAAGCUGCAUCCGCCCAGCCCACACAUCCCUUACCCACAAUUCCCAACCCCAUUGUGUGUUUGAUAUCAGGAGACACGAUUCUUUUCCAGCUCAGCAUCAAUCUAUCUGACCGCAGAUCCAGUCAUUAUCCCGUCUAUCAGAAGGAGCAUCUCUACAACAGCAAUCCCCACUGGGAUUUUGGUGCCUUCAGACAGCUGGAUCACCUCAUACGAGAGACUCACCUCAACAUCUCCAGGUUUGCUCACGUUUUCCUGGAGCCAGGAACAUAUGUCUUCAGGGACAACGUCAUUGAGGACAGGGUCUUAAUAGUGGUGGUGAACAACAAGGGUGUGGGCUGCGACCCUCUCACUGCCCCCUUCCAGCCUUCUUCCCCCUACCAGCUGGCUCGGCAUGGGGUCCUCAAGCAUCAGGUGCUGAAUGUGGCCCCAGAUUGGGCCGCUAUCGCAGCGGUGCUUUUCGUCCUGGGCUUCCUCACAGUGGUGCUAACCGUUCUCGCCAUUGCGCUGCGGCGGCCUGGCUCCACUCCGAGCCCCAUGAAGAGCUGGAAGCCACGGUGGAGGAGCCUGGGAGAGCCACACGUCCCUCCCGAGUACGUCCUCAUUAAAGAGAGCCUCCAGUUCUAUGAAAUGCUCGGGCCCAGAGGCUCCGGAGAAGGCCCCGACCGUGGAGAGGGAGGCUUUUGUGAAUUCGGAGACCAGCGCACCCUAAGAGACCUGGAAGAUUUCAGCGUCCGCACUUUGUAUGACAAACUGGAAGACCAGAACCUUCAUCUUGCCUCUCAGCUGGCAAAACACCGUAUGGACAUCAUGGUCUUCUACCAAGGAGUCCAUCAGAAGAUCCAGAAUCUUGUGGACCUGGUGCAGUCGCUGGACGUGGAGCAGCUGAAAGGCCUGGAAAGGGCAAAGCUCUCCCCGCAGACUACCCCCCAGGUCAGCGUCAGCCCACCCCAGGAGACCCAGCAGGCUGAGACCACCCCUGCCCAAGCGCCUGGAGCCUUGCAAGCAAUGGGCUACUCAGGUGCCGAGUGGCAAGAGGCAACGGAGCUGAUGAAAGUCCUGGGGAUGCUGCUGCGCAAAUUCCAUGGUGGGAAAACUGGGAAACAAGAAAGGGCACCGAGGCGUGAGGGGGCUGUGGGCCUUGGGCUGGCUGUGCGAGAGCAAGUGGGAGUACAGCAGAGCUACCAGGACACUGACUUGCUGCAACAGCAUGUGGUAUCCAGUGGGGAAAGGGCCUCUGUUAGUUCCCAUGGCUUCGGCGAUCAAGGGCUGAAUCAACAGACUCCAAAGAGCAGUGUGCCGGCCUGUCUGGCCGAGCUGGAAGUGGAGGCCCUGAUGGCAGCUUCUCCCCUUGCCAGGACGUUGUGGGAGAUCAAGCAGGCUUUGGAGGCCGCUCAGAAGCCCCCUCCCUCUUUGCCUCUUCCAGCGACAGGCUUCCAUGCCGGCUUCCCAAGCCCUUGCUUUCUUUUCCAGGAGCUGUUUUGUACGACAGCCGUUCCUCAGGACCUCAUCCUGUGGUCUCCACCGACUUGGCCAGCUUGUCCCCUCGCCAUUUUGUGGUUUACCGUUUCGGCUGCACCGUGA